UGCGCCUUCUAGGGUUUUUUGCACCUGUUUCUCUUUUGGCAAAACCCUCUGCAGCGAAAAUGGUGAAAGGGCGCCAGGGCAAGCAUGUCAGGCUGUACGUGCAAGGAACGAUUCUCGGAUACAAGAGAUUGAAGUCGAACCAGUACCAAUCGACAUCUCUGGUUCAGAUUGAGGGCGUGAAUAUGAAGGAGGAGGUGACCUGGUACUGCGGCAAGAGGAUGGUGUACAUCUACAAGGCCAAGGUCAAGAAGGACGGUUCUCUUUAUAGGUGCAUUUGGGGGAAGGUCACCCACCCGCACGGGAAUUCUGGGAUUGUUCGGGCUCAGUUCAAAUCCAACUUGCCCCCCAAAUCCAUGGGAAGUAAGGUUGGGGUAUUUAUGUAUCCAAGCAACAUAUAAGGGUAAUGGAGCCCUUUCCGUGGUGAAGUUGAGUUAGAGGGAUUUUGCUAGUUAUUUCUAGUUCAAG